CGUUUUGACUGUCUUGUCAUGUCAUGUCAUGAUUCUGCCCAUAACGCUACGCUAAAUUGCGCUGUUCUUCCAUUAAUAUUAUUCCGAAAUCCGAAGCUCUCAUUCACUUCAUUUCUCCAUUUGGCAAACUUUAAGCUUUAAUCUCUUCCAUCUCAUCUUCUGUCUCUUUCCUUUUUGCUCUCACUUUGCCUCGUUUUCAGCUCGCAACUCUUCGCUCUGCACAGCUCAGGAAUUUGCUUGAAAAAUGGUUCAAAUUAAAGAAUUUCGAAUUGUGAUGCCCAUGUUGUUAGAAGAGUAUCACAUAGCUCAGAUGUACAUGGUCAUGAAGAUGCAGCAGCAAAAUUCAAAUGGUGAUGAAGGUGUUGAAGUCUUGGAGAACAGGCCCUUUGAAAAUGAUGUAUAUGGAAGAGGUCAAUUCACAUCUAAAAUUUAUCGCUUACAAAGCAAAGCACCUGCUUGGCUUACAACUUUUGCACCGGCAGAUGCUCUUGUCAUGCAAGAGGAAGCCUGGAAUGCAUACCCAAGAUGCAAAACAGUUAUAAAGUGUCCAUAUUUUACCAAGUUCUGUCUCACCAUUGAAACUGUUCAUAAAGCUGACAGUGGGCAGUCAGAAAAUGUGCAUAACUUAAGCAAGGAACAACUGGCAGCUAGGCAGGUAGAAGUUCUUGACAUAGCUUCAACUGAAAGGGAUUAUUGGAGUUAUGCUAUUGGAACUAAUAGUACAGACUUUUCUACAUUUAAAUCAAAGAGAACUGGACGUGGUCCGCUUUUGGAGGGCUGGCAGGAUAGCUGCAAUCCUGUUAUGACAGCAUAUAAAUUGGUGACUAUUGAUGCACCAUACUGGGGAUUUGGUUAUCGACUUGAACAAGCUUUAUUGGCGGGUGAAAGGGCUCUUUUUCUGGAAAGUCAUCGGAAUUGUUUUGGCUGGAUCGAUCAAUGGUUUGGCAUGACAAUGCAGCAAAUACGUCAACUUGAAAGACAAAGCGAAUCCUCAUUAAAUGAGAGAAUUGGCAAGACAACUUCAAAAACAACUUCAGAAGAUUUUGAGCAAAGAUUUUCCUAUGAUGAAGAAAUUUAUAGCAAGAGCCAAGAGGUCACCACUUAGUUCUGAAGAGGAUUACGUUUACAUUCAUCGGCUCGACUCGACUCGAAUGUCACAAGUUUAAUUCUCCUGAAAAUCUAUAUGGUGGCAUUAAAUUUUACAAGAUUGAUAGAUAGCAAACUGAAAUUCAUUGUAGUAGUUAUUUAUUUUUCUAGUAACACCAGAGCACUGUACAUCAUGUUUCAGCAGAAAUUCCAUGAUCCACUGUUUUAUUUGA